AUGACCGAAGACGAUCAUGCCUCGGCAUCCCAUACAGACGUACUCAUCAUCGGUGCCGGGCCUUCUGGCUUGAUGGCAGCCUACUGGAUGGCUCGUUGCGGCGUGCGAGCUCGGAUCAUCGAUAAAAAGGGUACCAAGGUUUUCAUCGGCCACGCAGACGGGUUGCGCGUGCGGACUCUCGAACUAUUUGAUAGUAUUGGCUUCCAACAUCGCGUCCAGCAUGAAGGCCAUGUGGCCGUGGAGGCUAACUUCUGGGUUCCUGGUCCAAAUGGAAGCUUGAUUCGUCAGGGUCCAUUCUGUAGCUCUAAAGUCAACGAGUCCCCUUUCCACAACAUGCUUUUGAGCCAAGGUCGAAUUGAAAGGUUCCUCCUUGACAACAUUAAGCAGCAUUCGAAUCUCGAGGUUGAAAGAGGUGUCAUCGCUGAGUCAUUUGAGUACGACGAACUUGUCAAAGAUGACCCGAAUGCCUUCCCUAUCACAGUCAAAGUGCGCACACUCAGUGAGAACGAAUUGACUCCCUCCAACAAUUCUGAUGGAGGAAGCUCGCAUUCUGUUCCUGGCGGGCUCAAAGAAAGUGAUAUACCCUCAGAUGAUUUGCAUGACUUGCAUCAGAGAAGCAAGAGUCGGCAAACGAAAACCGAGCUCGUCAAGGCCAAAUAUCUAAUUGGAUGCGAUGGUGCCCACAGCUGGACACGAAAGCAGAUCGAUAUUCCUCUAGAGGGAUCGAGUACGGAUGAUAUUUGGGGCGUGAUUGAUAUAAUCCCCAUUACAGACUUCCCGGACAUCCGCCGCCUGGGCACUGUAACCAGCACAUCCGGCACAAUGCUUGUGAUCCCUCGUGAAAGACGCCUGGUACGUCUGUACGUACCCGUACAUGUUGUCGACGUUGCCAAGUCUGGAAGUGCCCGUUUCAGCCGCUCCUCAAUCACACCAGAGAUGAUCAAAGAGCGGGUUCAAGCUAUCUUGAAGCCGUACACAUUCGACUAUAAAGUCUGUGACUGGUGGACUGCUUAUCAGAUCGGACAGCGGAUUGCGCCUACAUUCGCGAAAGAUGAUCGUAUCUUCCUUGCCGGAGAUGCCGUGCACACUCAUUCUCCCAAGGUAGGACUUGGUAUGAACAUGAGUAUGCAGGAUGGAUUCAAUAUCGGCUGGAAGGUUGCUUUGGUUGCAGCAGGGGUGGCUAGCCCAGCUAUUCUUAGCACGUAUCAUGCUGAGCGUCAUCGUUUGGCUGAGAUGUUGCUUGACUUCGAUCGUCACUGGUCUGGUCUUUUCACGGAUCACAAACAACCGGAAGAAAGCGCAGAAGGAGGUUCUGAUAAGACAGAGAAUAUGAUCAAGGUGGUUGAGGCAUUUGAAGAUUUCGCAGAUGGCUUGAAAGCUUUUUAUGGUGCGAGCUUGUUGGUCUGCCAGUUUGAUAGCAAGGGCAAGCUUAGCCAGGGCCAUCGUCUGGUUCCGGGUGAGAGAUUCCCGCCAGUCAAGCUGCGCAAGCAGGCAGAUGGAAACACGCAGUGGACGACAAGAGUUCUGGAGAGUGAUGGACGCUUCCGACUGGUCAUUCUUGCUGGAGACGUCCGCAAUGAAACGCAGAAGCAACGGAUUGAGACUCUAUGCCGAUUUCUGUCUGAUCAGCUUGAUGGAAAAACUUCGCCUUUGAGUCGAUAUAAUGCGAUCCCGGAUCGCUUCAACAGCCCCAUAGAUGUCAUGACGAUUCACAGCGCACCUUGGAAGGAGACCGAGUACUUCGAUUUCCCUAAAAAUCCUGCGUGA